AGCGCGGACGCUUCUUCUUCUCUCCUCCCCCUUCAGACCCCGCCGCUCCGCUCCAUCUCUCCGUCUCUCUCUCUCUCUCUCUCUCUCUCUCUCUCUCUCUCUCUCUCUCUCUCUCUCUCUCUCUCUCUCUCUCUCCCUUUCUUAAAUUGACAUUGGUCUGGCUCGAAACAUGAUAACAGAAAAGCCUUCCUCCGCUCCGCGUUGUCGGACUGUCCUCAACCCCGAUCACUUGAAACUCAAAUAAGCAGGAGUGAAGAGGAAAAAAGGGAUCGCACAGUAUCCUAUCAGCAGCUGCUCGGAGGGAAUAACAAGAUACCUUUAUACCACACACACACACACACACACACACACACACACACACACACACACACACACACACACACACACACACACACACACACACACACACGUGCUCUUGCGCAUCGUAGAUCUUAGAAAGUGCUCGUGUUGAACUAUAGUGAAAGUUAACAUGUAUAUGCACGCUUUGAUCCGCGCAAGCCUUGGAUUUGUAGGUUUCUGCUUGGUCGCCUUUGUCCAACAGUCAGCUUCAGGAAGUAAGACCACUCAAGAUGUGGACGAGUGUGCAGAGGCACUUGACAACUGCAGCAUCGAUGCCAUCUGCCAGAACACCCUGAAGUCAUACAAAUGUAUCUGCAAGUCAGGCUAUAAAGGGGAUGGCAAACAUUGUGAAGAUGUUGAUGAGUGUGCAACUGAAUACAAUGGUGGCUGCGUCCAUGAGUGCAUCAACAUCCCAGGAAAUUACAGGUGCACAUGCUAUGAUGGCUUCCGCUUGGCACAUGAUGGGCACAAUUGUCUAGAUGUGGAUGAGUGCUCAGAAGGCAACGGCGGAUGCCAGCAGAUUUGUGUCAACAUGAUGGGCAGCUAUGAGUGCCGCUGCAGAGAAGGAUUCCUCCUGAGUGACAACCAGCAUACCUGUAUCCAAAGGCCUAAAGUGCAACCAGAAGGCUCAAAGGAAGGACCCACCUGCAUGGACAAGAAUCACGGCUGUGCACACAUCUGUAGGGAAACACAGAAGGGUGGCAUCUCCUGUGAGUGUCGACCUGGAUUCCAGCUCACGGAUGACAAGUACUGCAAACUGACGUGUAACUACGGUAAUGGGGGUUGCCAACACAUCUGCGAGGAGACAGACCACGGACCCAAGUGUUCGUGCCACAUGAAGUUCGUCCUGCACAGCGAUGGAAAGACUUGUGUAGGGGAGAGGAGUGUCCAGUCCCAGGCAGCCCCACAGCUGUUCCCCAAUGAGACCUGUGCAGUGAACAAUGGCGGCUGUGAUAGCACAUGUCAUGAUUCAGUGACAGGAGUCCGCUGCAGCUGUCCUGUUGGCUUCACUCUGCAGCCAGACCGCAAGACCUGCAAAGACAUUGAUGAGUGCCGUCUUAACAAUGGGGGGUGUGACCAUGUGUGUCGAAACACAGUGGGAAGCUUUGAGUGCAGCUGCAAGAAAGGCUACAAGCUACUGACCAAUGAGAGAACGUGUCAAGAUAUUGAUGAGUGCUCUUUUGACCGCGCCUGUGACCACUUCUGUAUCAACUCUGCCGGGAGUUUCCAGUGCCUCUGUCAUAAAGGCUACAUCCUCUACGGCCUGGCACACUGUGGAGAUAUUGAUGAAUGCAGUAUAAACCGCGGAGGUUGUAAAUACGGCUGCAUCAACCGUCUGGGGAGCUACGAGUGUACCUGUCCACCCGGGUACAAGCUGCACUGGAACAGGAAAGACUGUGUUGAGUUGGUGAAAUGUCCUCUUGGACUGAUGGCACCAAAGGCUACUCUGGCCUGUAGCAAGACGGGCAAGAAAGAGAGCUGCUCUCUUACCUGUGCCUCUAAGGCUCACUAUUUGGCAGAGUCUGACAACAGCUACUCAGUCAGUUGUGGUAUCCCUGUCCUCAGAGGGAAGUCCCCUGCAAGGCUCAACUCCAGCAGCAGUCAGAGCUGUAUAGAGACUUUGGCCCCUCCAGUGAAGCAGACGGCUUCUUUCAAGAUUAAAAAUGCCAAAUGUCACCUGCACCCGAGGCUGACCGGCAGGACGGAGGACAGAGGACGGACACUUGGACCAGGAGGGGGGCAGCCCUGCAGCAACUGCCUGGUAACAUUUGUCAACCUCAAAUGUGACUCCUCUAAGAAAGCUAAAGGUCGACGUGCUCGCAACCCCUCUAACAAGGAGGUAACACGCAUUACUUUGGAGCUGGAAGCUGAGGUCAAACCUGGAGACACUACGGGGAGUUGCAAUCUCAGCUGCCUGAGGCAGCGCAUGGAGAAGCAGGUUAAGACAUAUAUCAAGGCUCUGAAGAAGUCCAUCAACCAGGAGCGCUUCCUGAUCCGAGUUGCUGGUUUGGAAUACGAGGUGGCCCAGAAACUUCCCCAGGCUGCUCCCAGUCAGGAGAACUGUGGGCCGGGCUGGGAGAGGGACAGUGGCCGAUGUGUCAGAUGCUUGUCGGGGUCUUACUACCAUGGUGAGCAGGAGCGCUGUGUCCAGUGUCCGCCCGGCACUUUUCAGGAGAAGGAGGGGCAGCUUGCCUGUGACCUCUGCCCCGGCAGUGACGGCCACGGGCCUGUCGGGGCACGGAACAUCUCCUCUUGUGCAGGCCAGUGUCCGACGGGGUCCUUCUCCAGCGAUGGUUUCAAACCGUGUCAGGCGUGCCCUCAUGGCUCCUACCAACCAGAUUUGGGACGGACCCUGUGCUUCCCCUGUGGGGGAGGACUGGGCACCAAACGGGAAGGUGCCAGCUCCUUCCAUGAUUGUGAAGUCAAAGUCCAGUGUUCUCCAGGUCAUUACUACAACACCACAGUACACCGGUGUAUCCGCUGCCCAGUGGGGACAUAUCAGACAGAGUUCAGACAGAACUACUGUAUUUCCUGCCCUGGGAACACCACCACUGAUUUUGAUGGUGCCACAAGUGUUUCACAGUGCAAGAACAGGCAUUGUGGUGGCGAGAUGGGCGAAUUCAUGGGUUACAUUGAGUCGCCCAACUAUCCUGGUAAUUACCCUGCUAAUGUGGAGUGUAUUUGGAACAUCAACCCGCCCAGCAAGCGCAAGAUCCUAAUUGUGGUGCCGGAGAUUUUUCUGCCCUCGGAGGAUGAAUGUGGAGAUGUGCUAGUUAUGAGGAAGAACUGGUCGGCUACAUCCAUCACCACCUACGAGACAUGUCAGACGUACGAGCGGCCCAUCGCCUUCACAGCUCGAUCCAGACGUCUCUGGAUUAACUUCAAGUCCAACGAGGCCAACAGCGCCAGAGGCUUUCAGAUCCCCUAUGUUACUUAUGAUGAGGACUAUGAACAGCUCGUAGAGGACAUAGUGCGAGAUGGAAGACUCUAUGCCUCAGAAAACCAUCAAGAAAUCCUCAAGGAUAAAAAACUGAUUAAGACUCUUUUUGAUGUGCUGGCUCACCCAAACAACUACUUUAAGUACACCACUCGGGAGUCCAACGAGAUGCUUCCCCGCUCCUUCAUACGCCUCAUAAGCAGCAAAGUCUCGGCUUUUCUGCGACCAUACAAGUAAAGCUCACACAGCCGCCGAAGUACCGGAUCGUGAUCCCCGACACCCCCCUUCACCUUACAGGCCAUAUCCCGCAACUCUCACAGGACUUAACAUACAUACUAGUACGUACAUACUACAUACUACCCUCUUAUUUUCCAUAGGCUUUGACAAUAAACACUAUGCAGACCUGAGAAAUACUAAAAAUUGGUGGUUUAGUUGUUUUUUUUGUCAGUUUCCAUUUAGCACAGGCCUGUAAUCCCUAGCUCAAGCAUUUAGCGGGGAUGUAGAAUAUGUGAGUAGGUUUGGUUUCUGUUGUGUAAUGAAACCACCAAAAAUAGAAACGCAAAUUUAAGACAGUAGGAGUGGUGUGUUGUGAGCGCGGUUAGAGCUUGUUAUUGUUUUUGCUAAAAUGAGCAGUCUGUUUUCAACUCCUACAAUUAAGUAGGACUGUAAGUGUUGUGUAACCCUAGUUCCAUAUUCAGUGUCUGUGUGCUGUCCUCAAGGAGAAGCGGUUCAAAUUCAUGUCACAGCUGCAUUCCAGGUCAUUCAAAGCCUUACUUUAUUUGAGCUCUUAGAGCAGUUUCCAAUGGUUUUACUGUUAAAACAGUUAAUCUGUUUUGUUACGCCUGUCUAGACUGUAGCAGUGUUUUCUAACCUUCAGAUAAUUUCUGUUUCUCUUUUUUUUAAGUCAACAUAAAGGAAAUACAAACAGGUGGUUGUCAUUCCAGGAACAUAGGACAUUUGUGAGAGCCACAGAAAUGAGAUAAUGUGAUGUCUAGUGGAACAUGUCUCAGAGAGAGAGGAAUGUCUUUAAGGGACAUUAUGUUUGCUGCUUCUUUUAAAAAGGUCACUUUAAUUCUUCAAUCUUCAUGUUGUCUGAUGUACUCUACACACUAAUAGUCUCUAGGUUAAAAACAAGGAAGCUCCACAUCUACAAUACUUUAGAUUACACACAGGCAAUUUGACAUUAUCAAUUUACUGUAUGUUGACUACCAGUUGUGUUUUUAUUUCAAUCUUGUAAAUAAUGAAAAUUAGACGAGGGUUGAAUUCUUUAAUCCUAAAUUUCUCAAGCAGGAUCCCUAAAAAUCACUUUCCGCCCCACCCGUCUCAAAUCCAAAGACACCCAGUACUCCCUUUAAACACCCCUCUCACAUUUUGUUCUGUCCCAAUAAUGACAGCUCUUCCAAAGACCGCCACAAAAAGGCCGGGUCACUUUGUUUUGUGCACUAAAUUUAGAGCCCGCCAUCCUAUCCUUUUAGUACAAGUGCAAUGAAUGAAAACAUCUUACUUUUUACACCCUAUUGUGACCCAGCCUGUGUGUUUAGGCUGCAUUCUUGUCAAGACUCAUUGUAUAAAAUAUUUGUAUAAAAUAUUUAUCAGUCACUAUGCUCUUAUUCAGAGAAAGAAAAUGUAAAGUCUGUCAAGAAAUGUAAUUUAAAAAGUAUUAGGUGUGUAAAAAAUAUUCUUUGAUUUCAAAACGGCGACCAAAACAGGGUAAAAUGGUUUAACUUCAGUUCUAAUACAUCGCACCUUGUUAGGAUCUGCCAAGUUAAAGGAGUUGUUCGACAUUUGGGAAAUACUUAUUCGCUUUCUUACUGAGGAACUACGAGAUUGAUCCCACUCUUCUGAACAGUUAGUUUAGCACAAAGACUGGAAACAGCUAGCCUAGCUCUGGCCAAAGGUAACACAAUCCACGUACCGGCACCUCUAAAGCAUUAUAUCUUGUUCAUUUAAUCAGUAACCAUGCAAAAAUGUCACCUGGAGUCUCUGCUUGAUGCCAAGCAACCCAAAGACUCCAGGAAGGACUCGGUAACAAAAUGAAUACAUUUCUUAAAAUUUAGGGACUAUUCCUUCAAAAUUCAUUGUCACCACCACUGCAGUCAAAUUGGAACAGAUGACUGCCUUGUCACAAUGAUAAUCCCAACCCCUUAACCUGUAUGUUCAACCCUUUAUAAAUAAAUUAAGUGUCAACGCUUGCUCUGAUAUAACAAUGAUUUUCGGGGAGUAAAUUUUGUCCCCACUGGUGUAUAUAAAGUAAGUGAGAUGGUACACGUCAUAUAUCAUAUCAUUUUAAAAAGUACCCAAACUUUAGAAUGACAAGGGAAGUUGACCACAUUGUCAAACUUGAGGGCAAUUCUGUGCCACGCCAUGAAGAACUCAUAUCCAACCCUCUUAUACAGUCUCAGAUUAUAUCCAUGUAAUAGAUGCCAACAGGCAGCAGCAUCCCAGUGUGUGCUCACUCGGCCCUCAUGCCCCAAAAUUCCCCCUCCCACCCAUCUUUCCUGCAACCUAAGUUUUUUUUUUUUUUUUUUUUUUUAAUUGUUGCCUUUUAAUGAGAGUUUGCUAUGAUGUAUCAUAGAGUUGAUAAUGAUAUUUGCACUUGAAUUGUUAUUGCUCAUGUAAAGAAAUGUCUGGAUUUUGUAUUGUCUUUUUAAAUGAAUGGAAUUGGUGUUCUUAUUUUCUUGUAGCUUGUUUGUUCAUGAAAUGCUCACUCACCGUUUAGUCUAUAGAGAUGAUACACAUGACAUUAUCAACUGUUUAAAAAAAAAAAAAAUAUGUACAGAGGUCAAUGAAACAAGUUUGUACUUGUUACUGCCCAAAACACUUAUCGAAAUAAACAUACUGUACUUCAGCUUCA